AUGACCAGACAUCCACUCCUACUCUAUGUGAAAUGUGAUCUUCUUUCCUACAGUUCUGAUGGACAGUUGGUGGCACGCUACCAUAAACAAAAUCUGUACUUUGAGAAGGAAUUCGACACACCACACCCACCUGAGAUCAUAACAUUUGAUACACCAUUUGGUGGUACAUUUGGCCUCUUCACCUGCUUUGACAUCCUGUUCCAUGAGCCUACAAUUACCCUGGUGGAGAAGGGUGUGCGUCAGUUAAUCUUCCCCACAGCCUGGAUGAAUGCGCUUCCCUUGCUGGACUCAAUCCAGUUCCAAUGGGCAUUCAGCCUGGGUGCUAAUGUCACCCUACUAGCGGCUAACACUCGCAAUGACCAACUGAGGAUGACAGGCAGCGGUAUCUACACUCCUUUUUCUGCCACCUACCACCACGCUAAGAAAGGAGACCCAGAGGAGGGCAGACUGCUGGUGGCCAGGGUGCCAGUCUUGGAGAACGGGGUGGUUAGGAAAGAGUCCAAAUCAUCACCAGCUGCAGACUCUGAAUACUGUCACCAAGAUAGUUGUUCUGAUUCUGCAGUCUCUCCCUCCUCCCCCACUUGCAUCUCAUCCAUGAUGUCUGACCCAUUUACAUUUGACCUUCUGAACGACACGAGGGGCAAUCUGACGGUGUGUAACGGCACUUUCUGUUGUCACCUGCAAUACCAGCAGUUAUCACAAGGCAACAGUAAAGAGCUUUAUGCACUGGGAGCAUUUGCUGGAAAUCACAAAGGGAAGACCGGCUUCGCCUUGCAGGUGUGUGCAUUAGUCCGCUGUGCAGGGUCGAACAUCAGUUCCUGUGGACAGGAGGUGGAGGCGGCUGAGACUAAAAUAGUCUUUGUGUUGGAGGGCAAGUUUGGGACCAGAUAUGUUUACCCAUCAAUACUGGUUAGCAAUCUGGUCCUGGAGCAGCCAGAGCAGCUGGAGAAGACUGAAAGUGGAAGAGUGACCAUGAAGCAUUCAAACAUGACUGGUGGUCUGGUCACUGCCUGCCUGUAUGGACGAAUGUACCACCUGGACAAUGAAUAAAUUACUUUAGAGAGAGAGAGAGAGAGAGAAUAGCUGUGAAAGAAUGUACAGCUCUGAACAAAACUAGUAAUGACAAUUCAAGUGUUACACAUUUGGACUCUGUCAUAUACAUGUACAAUAAAUCAAAAACAUAUCUUUAUUCAUUCAUUACUUAAUCUUUACAAACAUUGCACCAAGUAGUGUUCAUCGUUUGCCUAAAAGUUGCUUGUCCUAAAAAGAUUUAUUACAUUUGUCUCACUUGCUGUCACACGCACACACAUAUGCACAGUGUCAGUCGCUUUCCCGUCUCCAGUACAGUACAGAUAUCAAGUAGUUACAGCACAGCACAUUAAAAGUUCCUUGAGCUGCUGCUCAUUUGCAUGACUAACCAGUGGGUUUCAAUCCACCUGGUGUCAGGAUGGAUUCCACACAUUCAGUCUCCACUCGGAAUAAAUUCAUAGGAUUCAAUAACGGCUUCCUCUGGAAUCAACGAGUGGUUCAAAAUCAACAGGGCAGCAUUAUAAAUGUGCCAUUAGUGUCUGCCAUGAUAGCUUGGUGAAAAACUCUGAAUAAAAACUCCAGAAUGAAGUAGAGAAAACAGUAAUCAGCUGGUCCCAUAAGACUGUUCCUCUUUUUUUCUUUAGCCAGUGGUGCCAAAAAUCAGUCCUUUGAGGUUUUAUUCAGUAGAUGCUCUUCUCGUAAUAGUUGAAGGAAAAACUGAAAAGGCUUAAAACCACUCCAAGUAUGAGCAAAACGGAGGAGCUUUGGUUAAAAAGAAAAUUGCUAUUUCUUCAAAUUUAAAAAUACACUGGCCAUUACUGACCAUACACUGGUGCUCUCAGAAAAAUGUAAUGUAUUGAUCUUAUUCUAUAUUUUUAGUAUUAAUUUCUUCCUCUGGGUAUACACCUUACAGAAAUGCAAGUCUGGCUUACAACAAGAAUUAUUAAUAGAUUUGGAGAGGCUUACUUAAAAAUAACCUGGCUCUGUUUCUCCCUCCUCAGUGAUCUAUUAAGGCUCCUGAGUAGCUGGCUGUCCUGCCAGUAUUAUUGGGCGCUGUCCAGUACUCCUUAGUACGUUUCUGAGUCCGAGUCAUUCAGCUCUUCGUCUGCAGAAACA